CACCCACCUGCCACUGUUGGCGGCAGCGCUUAUCGGCCUCCGCCUGUGACCUUCCAACAUUACAACAACUCAAUUACUUUGGCUCCCAACACAAACACUUUUUCGUAGCAUCACCAUUCCUCGUCUUUCACCAGCACACGAAGCUCUCGUAAUUCCAUACGAACGCCUUUGCAGCAGGCUUUCACAUAAUCCCAUCACGAAGUGCUGAACUCGAACGAGGGGCGAUCGGAGCUCCCCUGAGACUAACGUCAUCAUCCACGACCGCCAUUAACCGUUUCAUUGCCGAUCGUAAAGCCGACAGAAAUCAUGGCUGAGGCUUCAAAUCCUGGCGGCGAUGGCCAGAUUACCUUCAAAGUAAAAUGCUCAGGCGACAAGAACCACACAGUCACCAUUGCCGAGUCUGCGACCGUCCUUCAGCUCAAGACCCUGUUAGCGGGGGAGGAAUACGAGAACAUCUCGCCGGAGCAGCAACGCCUCAUCUACUCCGGAAAGGUCAUGAAGGACGAUGAAGUUCUCAGUUUCUACAAGAUCAAGCACAUGAACACAGUGCACAUGGUUAAGCGUCCAGCCAGCGCCGCGACAGCCAGCAGUGGCUCAACCUCGACACCCGCUCAGCCCGCGAUACCUCAGAACAUGGCUGCCGGCACUCCCUCGAAUAACCUUUUAGCUGGCCUCACGGGCGCUCGCUUUGCCGGUCAGGUGCCGCUACCAAGCCGAGACCUGUUUGGGCCGGACGGAGGAAUGGGCGCGCCUCCUAGCGAGGAUGAAAUCGCGAACAUGCUCUCGAACCCAGCGAUGGCCCAAGUCAUGGCCGAGGCGUUUAACAACCCCGCCGUCAUUGACCAGAUGAUUGCCUCCAACCCGAUGUUGGCCAACAUGCCCGCUGAUCGCGCUCGCGAGCUUCUCAACUCUCCGAUGAUGCGCAACAUGAUGACGAACCCGGAGGCACUUCGCAUGGCGGCACGCAUGCGUAGGAUGAUGGGCGGAGGCGCCAACGCCUUUCCAGCGCCCGGGGUAACGGACAACACUCCGAACGCGACGACCGGUGCCGGUAAUAACAACGCGAAUGCCGAUGCGCAGAACCCGUUCGCCAUGUUUCUUCCAUUUGGUGUUCCUCCGGCGGGCGCUCCCCCAGCAGGUAAUCCCUUUGCCGCGCUCUUUGGAAACCCCGCGGGGGCUUCGCCUGCGUCUACCGGAGCUUCGACCGAGAAUGCCAGGAGCGGGGAUGCCGCAUCUGCUCCGGCUACUGGCGCUACUUCGGGGUCUGGGCAGCAAGCAGACCCGUUGGCAUCUUUGUUCGGAGCGCUUGGAGGUGCUGGUCAGCCUGGUCAGGCUGGUGCCGCGAACCCUUUUGGUCUGCCCCCUAUCUCGCCUGAGGCCUUGCAGCAGAUGAUGCAGGCAUUUGGUGGCGGUGGUUUGGGUGGUUUUGGCGGAAAUCCCGUUGCUCCUCCCGACAACAGGCCGCCAGAGGAGAGGUAUGCUGAGCAGCUGCGUCAACUCAACGAUAUGGGCUUCUUCGAUUUUGAUCGGAACGUUGCUGCACUACGCCGCAGCGGUGGUAGCGUACAGGGUGCUAUCGAACACCUUCUGGGCGGUUCUUAACUUGAAUUUCUUUACUAGACGGUGCAGAGAUGUGGACCGGAGAUUGACAGUCAUCUGCUGUUCCUCAAGGAUACGGCGGUAUUCACAAUGAACAACAGCAUGUCGAGGGGAUAGAGGAUUGAAGGAUGUCCAGGGAGUGCAGUGUUAUCUUCUGGCGAGGUCAUUGUUGGGCCGUGCUAGACAUUUGAUUGAGAAAUAUCUAGUGAUAAUGGUUGCUAAGGAGGAAGAUGGACAGUCCAGCACAGAGACGAUGCUCAAAACAACACCCCUUCAGCGGGUGUCCUCACGUAGGGAGGUUUACAUGUUUACAGUUUAGCGAUCUUAAUCAAACAUGUCUCCUCUUGC